GUAACGUGUUGUCUAUGAAAUAUUUUCUUUCGUGAAUUAUCUAACACAUGCAAUAUGCGUAUCGAAACGUGUUAUUUUUGCUCUUCUCGGAUAUAUCCUGGGCAUGGAAUGCAUUUUGUCCGUAAUGACUCUAAGGUGUUCAAGUUUUGUCGGCCAAAGUGCCAUGCAGCAUUCAAGAAGAAAAAGAAUCCGAGGAAAGUUAAAUGGACCAAAGCUUUCCGCAAAACGGCCGGGAAGGAACUCGCAGUUGACCCAUCUUUUGAAUUUGAGAAGCGACGAAACAUACCUGUGAAGUACGACCGAGAGUUGUGGGCUAAGACAGUGGAGGCCAUGAAGCGGGUGGAGGAGAUCCGGCAGCGACGCCAGAACCUGCACAUCAUGCAGAGGCUGCGCAAGGGGCGGGAGCUGGAGACGCAGCGGGACGUGACGGAGGUGCAGCGGGACAUCAGUUUGGUGCGGUCGCCCGCCGCCGGCCUCCGGGAGCGCCUCCGGGCAGAGGAGGCGGUGGUCGUGGUCGAGCACGAGUCGGACACAGAGGUCAAGAUGGAGGAGGAGCCGGAGGAGAUCGUGCUGUGAAACCUCGUGGCCCCGUCUGUAAAUACGUCCGCAGGUGUGUGUGUUGUACUCAUCCUGUAUUACCGCCAAAUAAACUCGGCACUUUAUUUUUAA